UUUCACCCUUGGUUGAUUUUUUUAUUACUUAAAAUAAGAUUUUCAGAUUCAGAAUAAUAACAAUAAUAAAAAAAAAGGUUCAAAUUUAGAUUCUUUUUGUUCAAAUAUUUCUGUGUAUUUACUUGUUUCUUCCACAUACACACAAAUACCCGGUGGCAAUGCUGUGCCAUUUGCAAUUUAAUCGGUUUCCAAAAUCAUUGGCUAGAGAUAUAUGCAUAGGAAUAAUCAAAGGAUCCAGAAUGACAAGCUCACUGCCACUUUGACACAGCAGUUGCCUUCCAUGUGGACCUAAAUUAGGUGUGACCAUGGCCAUUGUAACAGGUGUUUGCAACUGCUUCGUAAGCUGAUUUGCAACAACUGGGAGGACUGAGCAAACUUUUUCUGAGAGACAGAUGGCGCCGUUCAUUCCUUUCCUAGAUAUGUGCGACACAGCAAUUUAUGAUUGUCAUAGACGUUUACAGAUAUACCACAAUUAAGUAAAUGGGUGUAAAUGAGCUCUGAUAACAGACUAGUCAUACCGCAAGUUUAUUUUGGGAGACUGACACACAACUUUGGGACUUUGUGUAUGUCUAGCUUCAGAAAUAGCUGAAAUAACUCUUUAGUGCAUGUUUCUUGUACAUAUCAUUUGACCAAUAUUCAGUUAAUUUCUCAUUUUCAAUAGGAUGAUGAUGAUAAUAAUAAUAAAAACUCCCCAAAAGUGUUCACCAGUUGCGUCUAUUUCUGGCCUCCCCUGGUUUCCCGCCUGGCGGACGUCAGCAUGAAGUUAUUUUCAUGAAUGGAGGGGGCGGUCACGAGGAAUCGGUGACGUCAGUGCUUGCGGAAGCAGCGAGUGGAAUGUUGAUACAAUGUUGUUGUUUUGUAGUUAAUUUAGUUCAGCGAAACAUUUCGCUUCGAUUGCAGGACGCGUAUUCUGACCGAGACAAGGCUCAACCUGUUGAUUCCCGGACACUUCUCAGCUAUCUGCGCACUCCCGACUGAAAUUCCGCGUUCACACAAGACAGAUUUUUGAGGAGUUCUGACUAGCUGCUUGUAUGCAGGGCAUGACGACUCAUUUUAAAGCAGGCAAAGCUUUAAAGGUAAAGAAGGAGGUGGGUGAGAAUGCCCCGGCGCUCAGUGAUGAGGAGCUGGUGGCCAUGUCGGUGCGCGAUCUCAACCAGCACCUGCGUGGGUUGACCAAGGAAGACGUGGUUCGGCUGAAGCAGCGGCGGCGCACAUUAAAGAACCGCGGAUAUGCCGCCAGCUGCCGCAUCAAGCGGGUCACGCAGAAGGAGGAGCUUGAACGGCAAAAGUCAGAGCUGCAACAGGAAGUGGACAAGCUGGCCCGUGAAAACGCCAGUAUGCGGCUGGAGCUGGACGCGCUUCGUGCCAAGUACGAGGCCCUGCAGUGCUUCGCCCGGACUGUCACCCGUGGGCCUACCGGCAAGGUGGCCACUACCAGCGUCAUCACUAUUGUCAAGUCUUCCAAUCACAGCCCCAGCUCCACCCCCUUCUCGGCACCUUCAUAAUGCUGGUUGACAGUGCCUGCCCAGCUCCCUCUGGUCCAAUCCGGCUCUCAAACUAGACUGGUCCAUUGGUCGCAACCUGACCCACACUGAGAGGUAGCUCAGUGAUCAGACUCAGAGGAGUCAGUGGUGGUAUUAAUCUGCGAGAUUACAGCAAACUUCGUCCAUUUUUUCCCCCCAUGUUUGUUUUACACACACACAGAACACACACGCAUACAAAAACAUGUACUCUAUAUUGUCUGUGCACUGUGCUAUAAACUCCCGGCACCGGCAGGGUACAUUGGCCGUUCUUUCCGCAUCAUCACAGGCUGAGACUUAGCAGAGAUAAGCACAUGUUAAAGUGUGAGAUAGUACUUGAUUUAAUCUGCCAUGGCAGCACUGGUCCAACACCUCUGAUGCCUGUGGCAUAUUGCAUAGACAUUAGAAACUGAAUAAAGUAUUGUCUCAUUAGAGGACAUAAUCAAUACUUGGAGAUUAUUGCAAAUUUUCCCAGUUCAUGAUGUCAUUUUACAUCAUGGAAUAUGUUGUCUCAUAAAUCAUUACUUUAAAGUGAUAGCAAAGAUUGUGAAAGACCAGAGAGCGGUAAAAUGCAACAUUUUGAUUCUGGUUUAAACCAGGUGUGAUUCACACAGUCCAAUGUUUAGAAUGAUGUUAUCUACAUCAAGGACCAAUCCUUUUCCUGAAGCAUUGAUUACUGAUAAAAACAGGGAAAAUUAACUAUUGGGAAAUUAGCCAAGCCUCUCAUAGUCAGCAGUUUAAACAUAAUAAUUCUAAAUGGGGAAAACAGCACUUAUUUUACUAUUGAAUUACAGUAUAAUACUAUGAAGCACUUGCAAAGCAGACUGGCGCAUGUAAAUAUUCUAGACAGAAAUGGCACCACGGGCAGUUCAUGGUGUUUUUGUGAUAUUUCUUUUAUGAGAGAUUAGUAUAAAGUCGAUUAUUCUCAAGGUGUAAUGUGUUGAUGAUAACGUCUACUAAGAAGCCCAUCUGUGUUGUCAGUUAUCUCAAAGAUAUACUAUUUUUCCUGAACAUGCUCUAUACGACACCAUAAAAAAUGGUAGGUAAUCCAUAUUGGAUAUAGUGAUAACAGGAGCUGUCUUUACAAAAAAACAACAACAUGCUGUUCAAUUAUAACCUGUAUAUUACAGAACUGAGUUACAGCCUUAAGCUUACCAAAUAAAAGUCAAAUUUAAGCUGCCCACUUCUGUCUACUCAGAAUUAAGCAUUCCUACUGCUAAGUCAUGAAAGGUGCCACUGCCGGUGUUGGUAACCCUGAUUAAAUGUACAGUAUAUACAAUGCAAAUAUUUGAUAUUUUGACACAGACUCUUGGGUAAGGAGAAUCUUGCUGUCCUGAUGCAAAAUUGUGAUGGAUGUUCUGAAAACACAUAUAGCAUAGCAUUUAUGCUCUGUUGUUUAAUUAUUCUCUAAAUUGAUCCUUUGUAAAUUGAUGGCUGAAAUCAGGAUUGUCUCUUACCUAAGUGGCUAUGACUGUUCCUCCUCUUGUGAACUCUUCCACUACUGCAGGAAGCAUUAGGGGGUAUUGUGCUGCUGAGCCCACUGCCAGUUCCAGCUCUCUGGGGUCCUGUUGUGCUCUUAGCACACUUAUUUUUAUAUUUCCAUGAGUGUUUUAUGUUAUUUUGUCCCCAAUCUAGAUCUGAUGUUCUCCACCGUCUCAUAUUUUAUUUGUAUCCAGGACAUGAAAUACCUUCAGAAUGGUGUGACCUUGUUAACUGUCUCUUUAAUAUCAGUGGUUUAUUUAACUGAUUUAGUUCAGAUGUGUUUAGUUCAGUUCAGAUCUAGUUUUUUCUUACAUUUCUCACCCAAAUGUCUAGCCUUAAAACCCAUAUUCUCAUUUUCUCUAUGUACAUAAUCUCAGUACACUAUUAGUGUUUACGGUGAAUGUUAGUGUUGACUCAUAGAGAUGCUUUUGUGGAUUUUUAUUCUGACAGUACAGGUUUUUAAAACAUGUAACUUCAGUAUUUGUCAUUUAUAUGGCAUUGUUUUAGGGUGAUUUGGAUGGUUAAACUUACCCUUAGCAUUUCAAACCGUCUGUUUCUGUACAUGUCCUUGGCAGUUACACAUGAUGUGCAGCUCUAUAAAUAUGACCACAGCUUUGGUUGGCAUAUCCUCUUUUGUUAGACGUGUGGGUUUUCAAAUGACUGUGUUCACUUUCCCCUUAGACCACAAAUGCCUUUAAGAGGAGAUAAAAAUCCCAGAAUUUCCCAUUUGUCACAUUCUGGCCAAAUUCUCUGUUCCUCUAAGAACUGUGAUACAUAAUAUUAGAAUUCUUUGGAAUUCAUUUUUUCCCUUGAAAGGAAGUGCUACAUAUCACUUCUUUAUGGAAUAAGAGUGUAAAGUGACAAAGUAUACAAUGCUUUUUUUUUUCUCUCUCUCUUCCAAUAGAAAACUUGACAAAACAGCUCUUUCUGUGCUUUACACUGACAUCUGGUGGUGAUCUUUAUUAUUUCUUUAUUUUUCAUAAUGCUUGUGAUCAGAUGAUGACACCAAGAUCCGCUAUAUCUCUUCUUGGACUAUUGAGACAUUGUUGCUUUGCUAUACUGUUCAUUUCAGCUGCCACCAAAGCCAUAACCUACCUAUAUGCUUUCUUUUCAUUUCAGUUUAUUUAGUUCAUUUUCAUUGUAGAUCAAAUGAAUUUACACCUUCUGGUUGUCAGAUCAUGCCUGUGGACAGUUCCUUAUUUUGAAACAAUACAGUGAAGUAAACGAUUCUCCUAGCAUGGUUAGAUGGUGAAGAUGGUCUCUAAACUAAGUGGGUACUUUUUCCUGUCUUUUUAUUCUACGUAUGCUGUAUGUGGCCUUUUAGGCUGAAUAGGAUAAAUUAUUCUGUAUUUUACACAUCUAUUUUUCAAAGUAUAUAAUUUGUGCUCUGUCAGUCCUUAAAAGCUAUUUACCAUGAACGCACAUAGGAAUUUUAACCAGUGCUCUUUAAAACACACUUGCCUAUAAAAAUCAUAGAGAAACUCCAUGACAUAUAAAGUAUGCUGCUCCAGAUUACUACUUUAUAUUUGUCAAUGAAAAGACCUAACUGUAUUGGGGAAGUAGUCAUGUUAAUUGUAGUUCAAGAUAGUGCCUUUUAACAUUAAACUUGUCAUCUUUUUAAGUACUGUAUGAAUGAGUGUGGUUGUUUUGUAAAAUCUUAUUUUCAUGUGCAACCACGUGGAACAGACUUGCCUGUUUGAUAGGUCUUGUAGGCGUAAUUGUUCUGCUCUAGCCUAUAUGAAAUGGCACAUUGUAAAUACAGACGUGAAAGGCAGCAAAAUUUAGGCUUAGAUUAAUAUUAUUCAUGAUUCUCUUCAUUAAUCUGCUUGUAUUACAUUGAACUUUGAUAUUUAUUUUUGAUUUUGUUUUAUUUUCAACAUAUAAAUUAUUUCAUUCUUUUGUUUUCCUUCCAUGAACAUCCCUCAUGUACAAAUGAAAUCACACUGUUUUUUUUUUUUUUUUUGUGUGUUUGUUUUUCAUUCUGGCUAAAUAUGAGGUGGUAAAUUAUUCCUGUACAAAGUCUGCAGUGUUUGUUUUAUACUUUUAAAAUAAAGCUUUUUCUCACAUUAUCUUUGUGU